AUGGCGAAAACAACCCUUCUUUUCACCGGUGCCACGGGCAUGAUUGGCUUUAGAACCCUGAUCCACCUGUUGGAGCAAGGUAGCUUCAACGUGCGCGUUGCUGUGCGAUCGCAGUCGAGCCUCGACAAACUCUUGUCCUACAAACAAAUUGCCCCAUAUGCUUCCCAACUCGAAAGCACAAUCGUUCCCGAUAUUACAGUCCCUGGUGCGUACGAUGAGGCUGUCAAGGGUGUCACACACAUCAUCCACGUUGCGUCUCCCAUUCCCAGCGCCCAGACUGCGGAUUUCGAGACCGACCUGGUUCAGCCCGCCAUUCAGGGCACCGUGGGCAUUCUGCAGUCUGCACACAAAGUCACUGGCAUCAAGAAAAUUGUCAUUACCGCUUCAAUAGCGGCCAUCUCGUCAGAGGCGCAUUCAGCAUCUGGCGCCACCGUCACUGAGGAAACCCGCGCUACUGACAUCAAGAGGCCCUUUGCGAAUGCUUUUGCUGCAUACGCUGCUUCCAAGGCACUCUCGUUUGAAGCAACCGACGACUUUAUUGCCAAGCACAACCCGGCAUUCAGCGUGGUUAGAAUUCUGCCGACCUUUGUCGUCGGCCGUGAUGAUACAGUGACCAAUGUGUCGCAGAUUGCCAAGGGCACCAAUGGCCUUGUCAUGGGACCCCUUUUGGGGCAUCCACAAGACAACGCCAUGUCUGGCGCUUCUGUGCACAUAGACGAUGUUGCCAAGCUUCACGUUUUGGCUCUGGAUCCUGCAAUUUCCGACCACGAGACCUUUCUCGCCAGCAACCCUGCUUCUUUCCAAUGGGCUGAUUCAUUCGACAUUGUCAAGCGCCGAUACCCCGAGCAGUACGCAGCUGGCUUGUUCAAGUUUGACUCUAUUCCGAGACCAGAGACUCGCGCCGUCCACGUCGACAGCUCCAAGGCGACAAAAACCCUCGGCAUACAGUUUAAAACCUUUGAAGAGCAAGUUGUGUCCGUCGUCGACCAUUACUUGGAGCUUGUUACGGCUAAAUAA